GUGUUAAUAGCGGGGAUUUCAAUGUAAGGAUUUUGCGUUUUGGUGUUCCGGUUUUGUAAGAAUUGCUAUUGAUCAGUUGCGUUGUGAUGUAAUUUGAGAUUGACAGUGCUAUAAACGAAACCGAUCAUCAGUACGGUGGGAUCAAUUGAGCAAUCUCUCCCCCCCCAUUCUCGCGUGGGGGGACAGAUAGCUCAUUAGGUGACUUGAGACAUGUUUAUGGCCACUUGAAAUCAGUUUGAAUGAUAUGAAAUCAUGAACCAAAUUCUCUAACGAAUGUCGCUAAAAUCUACAAUAUCAAAGCUCAAAAAUUACUUACGAGUUAAAAAGAAUCAAUUAAACAGGCACAAAGCGACUAAAUGGGAAAAGCUAUUGCGUACAAUAUUAAGGUGCUGCAGGGAAUAUUUUUGGUAUCCAGAUACAAGACUAGAGCACCAACCCUGGUAGCUGGCUUUCCUCGAAGAGAGGCAAUGGUCGCCCGAACAAAAAUUUGCAAAAAAAAUGAACUCAUAUAAAAUUAACUUUAGUUGGUCAAAUGAUUGCGUGCUAUAAACCCAUCAACUAUCUACUCGCGUUUGUUAACGUCUUUUUGUAGCGUCUUACCGUUUUUGCUUAUGGGGAGAUAACUCAAUUGGACAUUACGGUGGGGGGGGGGGGGGUUGCUCAAGUGAUCCGUGCGGUGUAUUUAAUAACCAAAUUAGGACUUGUUCCACAAUCUAGCUCUGUUGCCCAAUCGAGAACAAAUUGGAGUUGGUGUUGCUAGCUGUGGUUUUUCUGUUUUCUUUAAGAAGACCAUCUAUAAUUGCAUUUGUUAGUCAUGUCAAGAUGCCAAAAUUUGUUGAAGUUGGACUGUAAUGUGAUCUUGUUUUAGCCUCACUUCGGAAUAAUCUUUUCUUUUUGGAUUUGGAAUGGCGAUCAUUGAGGAUAAGUGUCGAAUUUUAAUCAAAAAAGGAGAUUACUAUCAUCUUUCGACGAUAAAGCUUGGUAAAACUACAAAUAUCAGUAAAACGCCAAUCCAAUUGGACUCAUUGAUUGGGCAUCCUUUCGGAACAUAUUUUGAAGUGGUAAAUAGAACGGUGAACAAAAUAGAGCCUCCGAGUUUCGAAGAUGACGAUUUGUUGAAUUACGAAGAUCAGCAACCUGAAAACUCGACUGAAGAUGCAACUCGUGAAGAAAUUGGAUCGACGUGUGAUCAAAUUAAAGUUUCUGACAAUCCUCACGUGACUAAAGAAGAAAUCAUGUCGAUGAAAGCGGGAGGGGUUGAUGCCGAUGAAAUGAUCAAAACUAUUGUCUCGAAAAACGCGGCAUUCAAAGACAGAACCGAUUACUCCAAGACUAAGUAUAUCAAGAAAAAGCUCAAACGUCACAAACUUAUCUUUCAAGUUUUGAAGCCUAACUCAAGAUUAAUCUCGAGGGCUAUUUUCAACAUGGAUAGUAAAAAGUUGUUGAAUCUAAGUCCCCUUGAUGUGGCAAAUAUUUUGUACAAGUGCGGACUAUUUCCACAUUGUAGAGUGAUAGUUUGUGAUGGCACCGGAGGCUUAAUAGUUUCUGUGAUGCUUGAAAAGCUGCUCGAUAAUAUAACGAUUAUUGAGUUUUUCACUGCAGAACACCCGAAAAGAGAUGGAAAUACAUUUUUCUCGUUUGAUAAUUCCCUGUUCAAAAACGUGUAUCCGCUACCUGUGAAAUAUGCGAAUGAGACGCUACCACUUGAUUUGAAACCACAUGAACCAAAUGGGGUUGAAAAAAGUGAAGGGAAAACUACAGCAGAUCAAGACUCGAAUUGCAGUUUAGAGAGUUCCAAGACUGAAAUAACUGAUGUCGAUUUUCAGUCAAUGAAAGAAGAGCCGAGUGGAAAACGACAGAAAAUGAGCGAUAAAGCGAACGAUGAGGAUACUUCAGACGAAGUAUGUAACAGCGAAACUGUUGAUGAAAGGCUCGAUACGAAAACGUCUGAAACGUCAGAAAGUUGCAACAGAAAUGGCAGUAAUGAAGCUAGAAGUCAUCAAAAACAGAAUAACAACCGAAUUUUUCUUCUUGGUCCGAAGCACGAGAAAGGUCAUCAGAUUUAUAUUCAGGGUAAACUCGACUGUCUCUUGCUGGUCUCCAAGUUUGAUCCUCUGAUGAUACUAAAACAUUGCUACCCAAAGUUAGCUCCUUCGAGACCUGUCGUGAUUUUUCACUCGUGUCUCGACGUCAUUCGAAACUGCGCCGAAUGGCUCAAAGACGAAAAACGAGCCGUGAACAUCGAAGUUUGUGAUGUGUUUUCACGAGAGUACCAAGUGCUGCCGAAUAGAACGAGACCCACUAUGAAACCCGAAGAGACAACUGGUUAUUGUUUAAGUGCUAUCAAAAUCGUAAAUGAUUUAUGAAUGAAAAUUUGCUCAACUUUAUUUUUUGA